CUUAGCCUCAUAGUGUCAGUAAAGUUAUUUAUGCUUAAAAAGUAAUUGGAUAUUAUUUACUUCGGUUAUCAAUAUGUGGGAUAAGGAAAACCAAUCGCCAACCAAAAUGAACGACUUGUCCAUGUACGACUGCAACUCUCCAGUUGCACAAAUGUGCAUGUCUCCUCACACUUCCAUUCACCGACCGUUGGAGGACCAUGACUCAAACUCGGUGGACUCAGGAUUCAACACAAGCUGUGACACCGCUAAAUUCACCUCCUACUCUUCAACAAGCAGAGGAUCAUUCCUGUCCUAUGGAUCUAGUUCAAUGUCAUCGAUGGACGAUGACUUCAUGGAAGACUUUUCUGAUAUCGAACCUUACGAAAAACACAACGAAUUGCCGGAAGGUUUCGAAAAACUGCUCGAAGGACCCCUCAUCAACAAACCAAAACAAGACGACGACGAAGAAUUCGCAAUCCGACCACAAUUCCGCAGAUCCGUCUCCUACAAUCCCUUCACAUCAACCACCCCAACGGCCACCAAAGUUCGUUCCUGUCUGUUCAGCGAAGCCCGUCCCUUGAAGAGGUCCGAACCGUUGACAUUCAGCGAAAUCAGUGUGAAACGUUCGAAAAUCUUGGACGACGACGAGGAAGCCGCCGUUCCAGUAGUGCCAGUUUUAAAGAGGGCUUUCUCGGCCACCGACGAAACCAUCAUCAGUGCAGUGCAAAGAUCAUCAGACAGUAACGAUCUGAUUGCGGACUUCAGCAAGGCCCACUGCCUGCCCCUCACCAACGGCAAACACCAGGACCUCAGAGCCAUCACCCCCCACACAUUGGCAGCCUUAAUCAAAGGCGAAUACAGCCACACAGUGAACUCGUUCAAAAUAAUCGACUGCCGUUACCCCUACGAGUACAACGGCGGCCACAUCGACGGCGCCGUCAACAUCUACACCAAAGAGGGCUGCCUGGAGCUCCUCCACGGCAAAGCCUCCGAACAACACCCCAACAAAAGGAACAUCCUCAUCUUCCACUGCGAGUUCUCGAGCGAACGCGGCCCAAACCUAUACAGAUACUUAAGGAAGGAGGACCGCACCAGGAACAUCGAAGAUUACCCGUCCCUGAACUACCCCGAAAUCUACUUAUUGGAGGGCGGCUACAAGAACUUCUUCCACCAUUACUCCAAUAUGUGCAUUCCGAUCGCGUACAAGGAAAUGUUGCACCCCGAACACGAAGCGGAUCUCCGCCACUUCCGGCAAAAGUCCAAGACUUGGAACGCGGAUUCCCGCCAUCGGCCCCAGACGUCGCGCAGGCGUUUCGGACGGCUCCAAAUUUGAACGUCAUCAUGUGAUGAUGACUUGUGACGAUGCAAUUGUAUAUUUGCUGAUUUAUGUGCAAUUUUUGGCAAUAAUGUUAAUUUAUUUAUAGUCUAUUGUUAGUUGUGACAAGAAAUGUGAUUUGUUGUAAGACUGACUGAUACAGAGCAUUUUAUUAAUGUACAUAGCAAAUUUUAUAGUCAUUCAUUUGUAUAUAAGAGAUUA